UUAAAACCGCUCAGCUUUACAACUACUUCCGCUUCGCUCAGAGAGUAAGGACCUGCAGUUUCACUUUAUAGACUGAGCUUCAGCCUUCAAACCAGCGCGAAGCUCUACUCUAACUCGUCCAGGUCGUGUUUAAGCCUCUGUAUCGCGUCGUGAUCGGAAAUAUGACUUUGAGUUUGAUGAGAAGAACAGCUACGGUGAGUCUCCUCGGCGCGCACACGGCGCUCGCGCCCGCGCCCGCACUCAAAGCGCGGACCGAGGACGAGCUCGACGGGUGCGCGGAUGAAACGGACGCCGCGAUGAAGCCGUUCAGACCGGGAACGAACGGCCUGAAAGGACUGCAUCUGGACGGACGCUAUGUGUCCGCGGCGGACGGGUCUCUCCCGAACACACCGGACCCGCAGGAGUUCGGUUCCGCCGAGCUGGGUCGCGACACGAGGCGGCUUUUACUGGAUUUCUAUCGCACGCACACGGGACUGUGUCCGCGGGACCGGAAGCAGCAUCACGCGUUACCGACAAUGACUCGCGUUGUCGCGGACAUUCUCCUAAAGCACGAGAUCGCGUACAAAGGAAUGUUGCAGCGUCUGCAGCUGGACUCUCAACCGGACGACAUGAGCUUCAUCAGCUGUAUAGCCAAGACCAUGUUCAAGGACCACACCACGAACUGGGGCCGGAUCGUGAGUCUGGUGGCGUUCGGAGCCGUGGUGUGCACGCAUCUGAAGGAGCUGCAGAGAGAGCGGUGUGUGGAGACGGUGGCCGAGCAGAUCUCCUCCUAUCUGAUCUCAGAACAGCACGACUGGCUGCUCAACAACAAGAGCUGGCAUGGAUUUGUGGAGUUUUUCCGCGUGGAGGACGUGGAGUCUGUGGUUCGUAAUGCUUUGAUGGCUGUAGUCGGAUGCGCUGGGAUCGGCGCUGGUCUCGCUUUCCUGAUCCGGUGAAACUCCACGAGCGUAUCGCUCUUGUGACCGCCACAGACGCUGAAGCACACAUUAGUGUGUCGUUUGGUGUCCAACUCCUGCUGCACUCCGCUGGACUCGGCUUUUCAGCCACACAUGCACUAUGACCAUCCCAGCAUGCACAGCACCAGAGAUUGGGCUCGCCAUGAUCCAAUGACCAGAGAGAUUAUAAUUAUUUUUCUAAUAAAAAGUGUUCAGUAA